AGGAUGGCCUAGACAAGAUAAUUGUUUUUCAGCCUACGACAUGAUACCUGUCUUUUGUCUUCUCCUGGCCACGGCAACGGCUUCACCGACGGUCGUCGGAACGGGCAAAGUCUUAGGGCUAGGCGUCAGUAGUGGACUUAGUGUCGGAGGAGGGUUAGGCGUCGGAGGUACUUCUGGAUUGGUGUCAGGGUCCGGUGUUGGACUGGGCGGUCUAAGUGGAGGAGUCGGCGGUGGAUUUGGAGUCGGUGGAGGAUUCGGAGUCGGAGGAGGAUUUGGACUCGGAGGAGGAGUCGGAGGUGGACUUGGAGUCGGAGGAUCAAGUUCAUUGGCAUCUACAUCAACUGUCGUGGGUGGUGCGGGCGUCGGAGGAUUUGGAUUAGGCCAUGGAGGUAUAACUAGCGGUCAUACAGUUACAACACACGGAGUACAUCAAGGAGUACAUGGUGGCGUAGGGGUCCAUGGUGGUGUUGGUGUCCAUGGCGUUGGAGUUCAUGAUGUGAGCCAUAGUGUGACCCAUGGAGUUAGCCAUGGGGUCGGAGUCCAAGGGGUCGGAGUCCAUGGGGUCGGAGUCCAUGGUGUCGGAGUCCAUGGAGUGUCUCAAGAAACUCAUUCCUCCAGCUCUUCCCACGUGGUUUCAGGAGGCCUGGUGUAAAUUAUAAAAACAAUAUACCACUUGUUUUACUCUGAGCAUUCUAUUUAUUUUAAAAUCAUACAUCGUUUGAAAAUGGAGAAACGUCCAGCUUGUAAUUCAGAAAGCAAAUUUGGUACUGGUGUACAGCUUGUUUAAACACGCAUUUUGGGUAUAACAAAAAAGAUAGCAACUAGUGAGUAACAAAGGGAUUGCAUAAUUUGGACUGUUUGACCGAGCUAAUUGGGCAUCACUUGAUAGCAGGUUACUCGAGGAAUUUACGGACCGGGAAUCCAGACGGGGUUUUAUUUCUUUCAUGUUGAUUCAUCACUGGAACUCCAUUAUUUUUUAAUUUCACGGCAUUGAUUUAUUUCAAUUAUAUUUUUGUUUGAUUUACUUAGUUAAUUUUUAAAAGUGAUUAUCGACAAUAUAUUCAAUUAAUGUAUAUUUGGACGGAUGGAAUUUGGAUGGCAAUAUAUAUGGAUGGCUGUAUCA